GCGGGCACCUUGGGACGAGUGGACUCAUGUCGACACCGGCACCUGCGUCUAGCGAGAAGGACCGCCGUGACGGUGUUGUCUCGGAUUGGCUGCGAGAGCGUGUGGAUCUGUGCGUGUACGUGGAGAAACUAGACUACCACCGGAACCAAGACCCGAGGUUUGUUUGCGAUUCAUACCGGAAGAUCAAGUUUGUGAGAGAUAAACAACGGCGUUUGGGGGGUAAUCAGCAGCAGCAGGAUAACAAAGAUGACUCGCUCGAGGGUGCGCAUGAGAGCCCAACUGUUCAACCAUCUUUGGCUGUUGAUGUAAAGUCUAAUGACGAGCCUGAGGAUAUACCUGACACCCCCGUCGAAGACAGCAAGGAGCCGCUUGAUAUUCUGGUGGGCGAUAUGCUGCGAGGAUACAAUGUCUCUGUAACUUGCCGAGGUGCCCUGUCUGCUUACGGAUCGGAUCCCUUUGAAGCGAUUUCGGUGCCUUGCAUCCGCGAAGGCAACUCUCUCACGCUGUGCUCCUUGCCCGACAUUGGGGACCAGCUUGUCCUGUUUGGAGGUCGUGUACUUCGGGACAUCUCGAUCUUGCUUCCCCGUGCGGUUCGAAUGAAAUCUAUGCAGCUCGAACGAACGCGAUACACGUACUCGAACAGUGUUUACAGCUUCAACAUAGGUUCGAGCACAUGGACGCGUCGGGAAUGCUCUGGACGAGAACCUCGCGAGCGCAGCGAUCACUCCGCGCUGUUCUUGGCUCCUCAACAUCUUUUGGUUUUCGGUGGUCGCGGUCGCAAUGGCCAGGUGUUUCGAGACUUUUUUGCCCUCUCUCUAGAGUUAUGGCAUUGGACACAGCUUGACACUUCAGCAACGCCAUACGAACGCUACUGGCACGGAUGGAGCAUUGCAUUUGAUACAGAGCAGCCAUGGCAACAAGAGCCGAGUAUCUUUUUCUUUGGCGGUAAAUCCGACACGCUCGUGUACAGCGAUUUGCAUCAACUGCAGACCGCGCGCUUGAAGCGCUUGCUUGUGGACGAGGAAAAGUCUGGGCGUAACCACAUCUGCGGUGACGAUGAUGAAGCUGCAUCAAAACGACGGUUGGAACGGCAAGUGAGUCAUGCUGCUCGAGUACUGGUGAAGGAGCAUGAACGCCAGCGACCGCCAGCUUGGUUUGUACCGAAAACUGUAGGAAAACCUCCGUCUGCUCGCUUUGGCAUGCAGGUGGUUGCUCUAGAAAACGAGCAGCUCGCGGUGGUUGGCGGGUGGCGCAUCCGAAAAAGCAGGUCAGACAAGCCCAAGAAGAGCCGCUCCCUGGAUGUGUACAUCCUUGACUUAACGACUCUGGUGUGGUCGACGCCGAGACUCUCAACGCUCGUGUGUGCACAGCCGUACGAGCCGAGCGAGCGUCUGUUGUUCGAGUGUUUCUAUGCGCACCACACGCUCGUCAUCUUCGGUGGACACACGUACGCUUCCAACGGUGAGACUGAGUCGUUCAGCCCCUGCGAGGAUGCAUCUUCGAUGCUGUACAAGCUGGACGUCAGUCGCAUGAUUUGGCGCAGGCAGAAAUGUCCCGUGGCAAUCGAUAAUGCUGCUGAGAAUGCCGUCACACUGCCUCUAGCGCACUCACACCGCAGCAACAACUUGGUGCUUAACGACGGCCGAGCGUUCACAUGCUCGUCGGAAGCCGAUACCCUGCAGCUUCAACUUACAGUCUUCGACAUCGGAGCGCCGAGACGGAGCAGUUGA